AUGGCUAUACCUAUACCCAUCCGUCUGCUGUUGGUCGCGCUCGCCACGGUUGCUUCCCUGCCCAUGGCCGGUGCGCAGACCAACAACAUCACCUUAGGAACCUCCAUGCCGGCCGCCGCCGGUGCGCAGACCAACAACAUCACCUCAGGAACCUCCCUGCCGGCCGCUGCCGGUGCCGCCUGGUCUUCCCCAUCCGGCCGCUUCGCCUUCGGUUUCUACGCCACGGGCGGCGGCCUCACCGUCGGCGUCUGGCUCGCCACCACGCCCAACGUGACGGUCGUGUGGACGGCCGCCGGCAACAGCACUCCAGCCACGGGCGGCGAGCUCCGAAUCACCAACAGCGGCUUGCUCUGGACCGGCGCCGACGGCCUGUACAGGAGCCUCGCCGUGGCGCCCCAAACGGUCGUCCGAGCGGCCAUGCGCGACGACGGCAGCUUCGUGCUCUACGGCGCCGACGGGACCGUGGUGUGGUCCACGUUCGCGACGCCCACUGACACCUUGCUCACCGGUCAGGACCUCGUGCCUGGCGCGCAGCUCUUCUCCAGCGUCUCGCCCACCAACAGAGCCGCCGGGAAGUACCGCCUCGCCAACCAGCUCAACGACGGCAACCUCGUCUUGUACCCCGUGCAGACGGACAACGUCGCGGCCGACUCGUACUGGAACACCGGCACGUUCGUCGGCCUCCAGCUCACGCUGCGCCUCGACGCCACCGGCUUGCUCUACCUCACCGCGGGCAACAACGGCAACUUCACCAGAAACGUGUCGCAUCCCGUGGCUGCGCAAUCGGCCGGCGAGGAGCAAGUCUUCUACCGGGUCACGCUCGAUCCCGACGGAGUCCUGCGGCUGUACCGCCACGCCGUCUCGUCCGGCGGCGUGUGGAAGACCGACGUCCAGUAUACACGGCCGGAGGACCGGUGCGAAGUCAAAGGCGUGUGCGGGCUCAACAGCUACUGCGUCCUCGACCGCGACGCGCAGCCCACCUGCCUGUGCCCGCCGGGCUUCGACUUUAUCGACGGCAGCAACGCGGCGCUUGGCUGCACCCGGAGGUCAGGCGCCGGGGACUGCGCGGCCGCCGCAGCUGGUCUGUCCAUGGCGACGAUGCAGAACAUGUGGUGGGUGGACAAGUCAUACGCUGUGAUUGGCAACGUCACGAGCGAGCCCGACUGCCAGGCCGCGUGCAUGAACGACUGCCUCUGCGCCGCCGUGCUGCUGGACACCAACGCCUCCAAGUGCACCAAGCAGCAGCUCCCGCUCCUCUACGGCCGCGCGGGCGGCAGGUACACGCUGUUCGUCAAGAACGCAGAGGGGACGGCGGCGAGUCCCGCCCCCGCGCCUGGCGACAAGAGCUGCCGCAGCCGUGUCGGGCGCGCGGCCACCAUCGCGCUCAUCUGCACCGGGAUCCUCGCGUGCGUGUCCUUAGCCGCCCUCCUGGUGGCGGCGCGGCUGUUCUGGGCGAACCGGAGGACGUUCGCGGAGCCGGACGCGGCGGAGGCCCUGGACGAGAAGGCGCCCUUGAGGUCGUACAGCUACCAGGAGCUGGAACACGCGACGUGCGACUUCCGCGAACCGCUGGGCCGCGGCGCGUUCGGCACGGUGUUCCGGGGCACGCUGUUGCACAACGGCGGCGAGAAGGCGAUCGCCGUGAAGCGGCUGGAGAAGGUGGUGGAGGAGGGGGAAGUGGAGUUCCAGCGGGAGGUGCGCGCCAUCGGGCGGACGAGCCACAGGAACCUGGUCCGGCUGCUGGGCUUCUGCCACGAGGGCGCCAACCGGCUGCUGGUGUACGAGUACAUGAGCAACGGGUCCCUGGCGGAGCGUCUGUUCAAGAACAGCGCCGGCGGAGGCGGACCGCCGGCGUGGGGCGAGCGGAUGGGCAUCGCGCUGGACGUCGCGCGCGGGCUGCACUACCUCCACGACAAGCUGGACAGCCGCGUGAUCCACUGCGACGUGAAGCCGCAGAACAUCCUGAUGGACGCGUCGGGCACGGCGAAGAUCGCCGACUUCGGGCUGGCGAAGCUGCUGCUCCCGGACCAGACGCGGACGUUCACGGGGGUGCGCGGCACGCGCGGGUACAUGGCCCCGGAGUGGUACCGCGGCGUUGGGCCGCUGACGGUGAAGGCGGACGUUUACAGCUACGGCGUGGUGCUGCUGGAGAUCGUGACGUGCCGCCGGAGCAUGGAGCUGGAAGAGGCCGGCGAGGAGCGGACGCUCAUGGAGUGCGCACACGAGUGGCUGUUGCGCGGCGAGGUGUGGCGGGCCGUGGGCUGCGAAGACGAGGCGGCGGAGGCCGUGGAGGUGGAGCGGGCGGUGAAGGUUGCGGUGUGGUGCGCGCAGGCGGAGCCCCAGGCGAGGCCCGCAAUGAGGAGCGUCGUCCUGAUGCUGGAAGGGCUCGUGGAGGUACCGUUCCCGCCGCUGCCGGCCUCCUCCUGA